AUGGGCUGGAAAUAUGCACCAUAUGGCCUUUGGAAGUCCCCCAUCACAGCCAAUGCUAUUUCUCAGGAUAGUGUCGGCUUGGCCGCCAUUCUUGUAGAUCCAGUCACAAAGGAUAUCUACUGCAUUGAACAGCGUGCAUCGGAGGGUGGUCAAUGCAUGGUUAUUAGUAACAAGACUCAAAAGGAAGUCUUCGGCAAGGACUUCAAUGCGUGCACGCGCGUUUAUGAAUAUGGUGGAGGUGCCGCAAUUGCUUAUAAUGGGACUGUGUACUCUUCAAACUUCAUGGACUUCCAUAUCUAUGCUGCAAAAGAUGGGAAUAUCAAACCAAUCACUCCAGAGGAUCCAAACAAGCUUUAUCGCUAUGCAGAUUUCUGUGUACACCCAGUCCACACUGAUCUACUCGUCGCUAUUUUAGAAGACCAUACCAACGACACGCCGCGUACUGUGCACAAUUCUCUUUGUAUCUUCAACUCCUCAGCUGCCACUGUCACAUCUUUGGUUUCCACCAAGGAUGCAGAAAUUGAGUUCUAUGCAGCACCAAUGUGA